UUGAUGAAAAGGAUGAGCGUUGUCUCAAUGGUAAUCUACAGCCUGGCCUUCGUGUUGGGGGUCAGCGGUAACGGGCUGGUCAUUUUCAUCACUGGUUUCCGUAUGAAGAAGACGGUGAACACUGUCUGGUUCCUCAACUUGGCCAUUGCUGAUUUUACCUUCACCCUCUUCCUACCCCUGAGCAUCGCCCACGUAGCCCUGGAAUUUCAUUGGCCAUUUGGCCUGGUAAUGUGCAAGAUUAAUAGCACCUUAGCAUUCCUCAACCUUUAUGCCAGCGUUUACCUCCUUAUGGUCAUCAGUGUAGACCGCUGCAUUUCUGUGAGGCACCCUGUGUGGGCUCAGAAUCACCGCACACCCCAUCGGGCUUCCGUGGUGGCCUUGGGGGUUUGGAUUCUGGCUUUGGUGUUGUGUUCUCCAAAUGUCUAUUUCAGGGAUACACUAAACCACCCAGAAGAUGAGACUCUGACCAUCUGCUAUAACAAUUUCGGCAACAGUACAGAGGUAACGAAUUCCUGGCAUCGUGGUCUGGUCAUCAGCCGAUUCAUCUUUGGCUUUGUCAUUCCCUUCAGCGUCAUCGUCGCUUGCUACGGAGCAAUUGUUCUGAGGCUGAGGAGGAACCGGUUGGCCCCAUCAAGCAAGCCUUUCAAGGUCAUUACAGCAGUGAUUGUGGCCUUUUUUGUCUGUUGGUUCCCCCUUCAUGUUUUCUCCUUUCUUGAGUUAGAGGGCGGAGAGCGAGAAGAGCUGCAUUUGGUAUUGGCUAUUGGUCUUCCCUUGACGUCUAGCCUGGCCUUCAUCAACAGCUGCCUCAACCCCAUCCUGUAUGUCUUCAUGGGGCAUGAUUUCAAGGAGAAGCUGAGACGCUCCCUCUUCUCUGUCUUUGAGGAUGCCUUUGCUGAGGAGAGCAGCCAGUGCACAGCAAGCACCAAGACCAAGUCUUCAAUGGAGUUGGAGUCCCAGGACAGAUAAAUCCUGCUGA